AUGCAACUUGGAACAACACUCGUAGGUGAGAUAAGGAGCAACGAUAACAGCAAACAGCUGCCAUGCCAGAGAGCAUGCGAAAACUGUCAAUGGUUGCCGGACGGGCCAGCUAGUUGUUGCCAUCAGGUCUGGCUUGUGGGCCGAGUGUGGAGGGCAUCGGGCCUGGGACUGUACCCACCUGCAGGCCAUCACAGCCAUCUUGUGGGCCAGCUGAACGAGGUGGGCACAGGCUGUUCGGAUCCUGAGGCCAACUGGAAGCCACCUUUCGGUAGGAAAGCGAGUUACGGGGCGCUUCCUUUCCGUUGCCAAUGCGAGGCCGGCCCUGCGACUCAGUGGUCCCAGGCUUUAAACCCCACGAUCCGACUUACACUCGCACGACUGAGGGCAAGAGACGGCGGAGCGGAGAGAAUCGACGCCAGUUAA